UCUGUUGAUAAUAAGGAGGAAUAUGAGAAAGCCAGAAUGAUAAAUAUAAGUUUGAAUUCAAAAAUUUCUUCGUUGGAAUACCAGAUCGAAGAUUUGGAAAAGAAACACGAAGAACGUGUGCUGCAAGAACAUAUUAAAACCAAGGAAAUAAUUGAGAAAAUCAAGUGUGAAAAGCGAAGUUUAUUGACGGAUGCUGAUAGAAGGAUAUUCUACUAUAAACAAAAGAAUGCCGAGCAUCAAGAGGAACUUAGCACGCAGAAAAUGAUCAUCGAAAAGAUGAAAGAAGAUCGAGAAAAAAUAUUAAAAGAAGUGCAAGAACUCAACAUUAUGUUGUUCUCUACGUGUACUCACGCCCGAAAAAAUGAGGAACAGCUCGAAAGAGUUUCUAAAGAAAAUGAAGAGAAAACACAAAUGAUCGAACAAAUGCAGACAGAAAUAGAAAACUUAAAAAUACAAAUGACGAAGAAAUCCAACGAGCAUAUUUAGAAUUAUGUAGUUUGAAAGAGAAGAAUUUCCUCUUGUAAGAAUCUAACGAGGAUUUACAAACAAGCCUUUCAUCACUUUCCAGUAGGGUCAGCUUUGAUCAGUCACUAGAAGAAGAAAGGCUGUUGACAGGAGUCGCGCAUUGUGGCGCUGGUUUGGCAAGAAACUUUGUUAGUUCAUCGCCAAAAUUAUGUUGAAUCUUUUGAAUAAGUUAUUCAAAAAAUGUAAAAUAUCUGAAGAAGCUACUAUGUAGCAAAACAAUUGUAAUAUAUUAUUAAUUGAUUAUAAUAAUUCAAAGUAGAAGUAGAAUCACUGUCAUUUAAUUUUUAUUAAAAUAAUACUUCCUAUUUUCUCUUCAUUCUUUUUUCAAAAUAAUUAACUCGUCUCGACAACUAGGCCUUGACACAUGGUACAGUGGUCUAUUACUCCAGGUUUUAGAUGUAAUAAUGUUUACAAAAUAUUUAUAGAAAAGGAAAUGUUGUAGUACUAUAGUUACAUUGAUCAAAUAUGAUUGUACAAUUGGCAAUCUUUCAGAAAUUUCAU